GGACGAUGGAGGUCCCCGGACGAGGUCCCCCGGGCGAGGCAUCGUGGAAGAAUCUAUCGAAGGAGGAGCUGGAGAAUCAGUACAGCCCCAGCAGAUGGGUCAUCCGACAGGGAGCCGAGGAGGCCCUGAGGACGUACUCACACAUAGGAGACGAGGCCACCAAGAAGGCCCGGGCCACCAGGAGGAGCCUGCUGCACGUCCCCUACGGGGACGGUGAAGGGGAGAAACUGGACAUCUACUUUCCUGGGGAAGUGUCUGCAGCCUCGCCUUUCUGUCUGUUCUUUCAUGGAGGGUACUGGCAGAGUGGAAGUAAAGACACAUCAGCCUUCAUGGUCAACCCACUGACAGCACAGGGAGUGGCCGUGGUGGUCAUGGCUUAUGACCUUGCCCCCAAAGGUACCCUGGACCAGAUGGUAGACCAGGUGACUCGGAGCAUCGCAUUUGUCCAGAAGCAGUAUCCGUACAAUGAGGGAAUUUACCUGUGUGGACACUCAGCAGGGGCCCACCUGGCUUCCAUGAUGUUCCUGACCAACUGGACCAAGCAUGGAGUCACACCCAACCUCAAAGGCUUUUUCCUGGUAAGUGGGAUCUAUGACCUGGAGCCCAUUGUCUACACCACUCACAACGCCCCUCUCCGCAUGACCCUGGAGGAUGCUCAGAGGAACAGUCCCCAGCUGCUCCUGGAGGCAGCCUUGACGCAGCCCUCGGAUCCAGCCUGCCACGUGCUGGUGACUGUGGGCCAACACGACUCCCCUGAAUUCCACCGACAGUCCAGGGAAUUUUAUCAGACACUAAGCCGAAGAGGGUGGAAUGCCUCGUUUGAAGAAAUCCAUGAUGUGGAUCACUUUGAAAUCAUUUGGAACCUAACCCAGAAGGAUUUCGUGCUCACCCAGAUGAUUUUGAAAACAAUCCUCCAGGAGCACUGACAGCGCUGGAGUGUGCCUCCCCAGCCCCCCGAUGGUGAAGCGCUGACCCCACACGCUUCCCGGUCCUGCCAGCCUCCAGCUCUCCCCGUGCCCAGGAGCGCCUCUGUUUGCUCCGAACACCACUAAAAAUCUCUCUUUCGCUGGCUUCGAGGGAGGGGUUCCAGGGGAGGUCCAGCCCCAGUGAACGCUGUGUGAUGCCCAAACCGCCUGGCCCCCUGCCUGCCUAGAGGGCAUGACAAAAAUGACAGCUCCUGGCAAUAAGUAGACUUAGCUCCAGCUCAAAGUUUGCUGACCUUUUCGAAAGAUUUUCUCAAACCAGCCUGUUCUGUCUUUUAUGGCAUUCUUUUGACCACUCUGUCCUGAGGCUUUCCCAGAGUCUCCUGGGACAUAGCCUCGGGGCUGGCCCCUUCUGUGAUGGGACAAUGACAUCCAGAGCCAGAAGAUUCCUCUCCCCCCCCCCCCAGGGGUGUGUGCAUUUCCCAAGCAGCCAGCCCUGUGCAUCUACCACCCUCCCUACCCAGCACCCCUCCCCCACUCUGAAUAACUAGCACUCCAAGUGUCAUGGAGUAUCCCAAAAAGGAAGAAUAGCCUAGACAGUCAUCAGUCGGGGAUGAGUUCGUCCAAGCAGCCAGCAGCCGACCACUAUGUAGCCGUUAGAAAGAGAUCUGUUUACCGAGUGGGAAAUCCCGCAAACAUAUUGUUACAUGGCAAAAGCAAGAUGCUUAGUGAUACAGCUUAGUACCAUCUCAAUAACUUUACACAAUACACACACGCAAAAACAUGUUUUUCUCUGUGUGCCCACGUUUGUGCACGCAGGGGAAAGGCCCCGGGAGGAUCCACACCUAAGGCCUCUGCUCAGUGUCUGGGGAGUUUGCUUUAUAUGUGUUCUUCGACUCUCAGGCUAAGAAGAUAAUGAAUAUUUAAAUAUAGUAUGUGAUCUGAGGUGCUAAAAUAUUCAAAAAGCUUUCAGGAUGCAGGCAAAUGAGAGUGAUAUUAUAGUCAUAACUUGAAUUUAUUACAGGUCCUCAAAGGAAAUGACUCACAGACCGUAGGACGUGAUUUAACAUUGGCAACAAAUUCCGAGUGAGACACCUCGCAGCUGCUGCUGGGGGAAACCCAAGCUUUCACCACACCUAGGUGGAGAAUUGCCCCCUUAGGUUAUGCCCUUUUGAGGCCAAAUGCCUUAAAGUAAGCAAAAGGCAGAACAAAAAUGUGUUCGCCC